AUGCGCCAUACUCAACCAAUAUUCGGUGGACCAUCAAUGCCUGCAACCAUCGUCGACGCUGCGGACACGCUCUGGAUUAUGGAUCUGAAGGAGGAGUAUGAAGAGGCUCGUAACUACAUAAAGGAGAAGUUUAAUAUGACUCAGGCUACUGGCACCUUGUCCGUUUUCGAAACAACAAUUCGGUUCCUUGGCGGGUUACUAUCGCUCUACGCACUCACCGGCGAAGAUUUCUAUGUUGAAAAAGCGCGAAGUGUUGGCGAAGCCUUGCUACCGGCAUUCAAUACGCCUUCGGGAAUUCCGAAAAGUAACGUCCACAUGAACACCAAACAUGCUUCGAACUAUGGAUGGGCUGACGGAGGGUCUUCAAUCCUAUCCGAAGUUGGCACCCUUCACCUGGAGUUCACUUAUCUCAGUCAAGUAGCCAAGGCGCCACUGUUUGCCAAAAAAGUGAAGAAAGUCCGAGACGUCUUGGACCGCCAGGAUAAACCGAAUGGGCUUUAUACUAAUUUUAUAAGCCCUGAAACCGGGAAAUUCACUAUGAACCGUCAUGUUUCUCUGGGCGCCUUGGGUGACUCCUUCUACGAGUAUCUCCUCAAAUCAUGGCUACAAUCCAGCAAAACCGAUAUGCAGGCCAAAAGAAUGUACUGGGAAGCUAGCACAGCGAUUCAAAAAAACAUGAUCUUCAAAUCCAAAACGGGUCUUACUUAUGUUGCCGAACUUCGGAACGGUCUCCCGAACCACAAAAUGAGUCACCUAUCGUGCUUCUCAGUGGGGAUGUUUGCUCUACAGGCCGUGAACGAAGAAGAACCAGAAAAGCGUGCAUCUACGAUGAAACUAGCUGAAGAGCUUGGACGUACCUGUCAUGAGAGCUACGUGAGGACAACAACGCACAUCGGCCCUGAAAUGUUUUAUUUCAGCGGAAUCGAUGAAGCCACGAGCAGGAACGGUGAGCACGGUUACAUACUCCGUCCUGAAGUGAUUGAAGGAUUCUUCUACCUGUGGAGGGUGACAAAGAAUAGCGUAAGCAUACAUAGUUUCAAUCCGAACACCCACUAG